UCUCUCUCUCUCUCACACGCACACACACAUACACACAUCUUGCUUUCCUUCGUUCCCGCGGCCGCCUUUCUUGCUUUCAUCAGCCACUAUUAUCACCACAAUUAUCGACGUCAACAACGACAGCACCACAGAUCGACGACGAUAUCACCACCACUGCCAACCAACCACACACACAGACACACACCAAUAAGAAUGCAACGAGGACAGCAGCACGGCUUUGAGGGUUUGGACAUCUCUGGCUGGCUAGGCGGCUCCGGCAUCUCUCCCGUCGGGUUCAGCCCAUCCGCUGCCGAUAUGGACUUUGAUGCCUGGGAAUCUGCACAACGCACCGCAGCCAAGGCCGCUGACUUCAGUGCCCUUGCCAUGCCGCCACCAGCAUCCUCCUUCUCCGCUCAACCCACCCCGGCCUCGUUCCUCUCAAACUCGCUCCUCGCCGCCACAGCGCCAUCAACAGCUGGAACCACAACGGCCAGCGGCGCCACCUCCACAACAACAUCAACGACCAAGGCCACAUCGCAGCCAAACACCCGCUCGAGAGCCAAGCGUGGUGGCUCGAGUAGAGGUGCCACUGGCGCCACCAAGCGCGGCAAGAAGGCGCAGGCCGCCGCAGCGCAGCAGCAGCAGCAGCCCACGGAUAUGGAGGAUGGGAAGCAGACGCAGGACAAGCGCUACCUGAACAAGCUUGCCGCAGACAAGUACCGCCGCAAGAAACGCCAGCAGUUUGAGGAGCUGAGUGUCAAAAGUCAAGCGCUGGAGACGGAGAACCACAAGCUCACUGCCAAGUGCACCAAGCUCGAGUCCGAGGUGGAGUACCUGAAGGAGCUGCUCUUGGUCACCGUGCGCAACUCAACCAACGACUAUGCAGACGCGGCCUCGCCAGGCGCGUCCACCACCGUGUCGUCCCCGUCGUCACCCUUUGACAUGGAAGCCUUUGCCAAGGCCUAUAUGGACAAGCACGCCAAGGAGGCCGACGUGCGCAUUCGCCAGCUUGAGGAGCAGGUUGCGCUACUCUCCGACAAGCUCCAAACCACCGCAUAGUGUUCAACGUCAUCAACACGCACGUGUGCGUGCGUACGUUUGGUGCUGUUUGUCUCUGUUUUGCGUUAUGUUACAUCUUCCUUACGUGCGUGUUUCGUUUGCUGCUUUAUGCAUUGCUGCGUGAUGUGAUGUGAUGCAGCCCUCUAAUCGACCGAUUGCUCCCCCUUUUGUUCACUCUUGCUGCCGCUGUUGAGCGCUGAUGGUGAAGAUGAUGACGACGAUGAGUGUAUAGUCGCCCUCCUUGUGCUUUCUUUGUUUCUUUCUUUUCCUUGCGUUAUCCCACAGCUCUAUCCCACCCCAUCCCAUCCCCCUUGCGUUCACACGCACGCGUGUGAGCGUGCUAGUUCUCUUCCCUCCCCCUUGCCUCGCCUCGCCUUGCCAUGAGCGAAGGCUGAUUGACUGACCAGUGCGUUGCGCGUUGCAGUUGCAUUUGUGGGCAUGCAUGCAUGCCACUGCCAUAAACGAGUGCCAUACACACA